CGUCUCGACGUCAGUGCGAGAAAUACGUUCAGACCGAUCGGUCGUAUUGCACAUCCGCGGCCGCGGUGAGAGCUCCGGAACCGCUCCUCCACAAUACGGUGCACGCGCGAGGCACGCCGAAGGGAUCCCGCGCGAGCCUGACGAAAAAAAAAAAACGGAGCUCCCAUCCUUCCGAAGGGCUACCCCGAACGGGAGCGGAACGCACCUCCCGCGACGAGCCGCGAAAAGCGCGACGCACCGUGCCGGGUGACGUGUUUUUAACGUGGAAACAAAAGAUGCAACGUCGUUGUUGAAUCAGGCAGCCAGAACUUUCGCGCGUGAGUUCUCGCGGAGAUUCUCAACCCGCAUCAAGGCCGUUCGCGAAGUGAAACAAUAGUGGAAGCGCCCACGAGAUGGAUAACAAAGGAUUUCAGAGUGAGGAUCAGGUGCAACGGGAGAAGAUAAGGAAAAUGUUCAGCUGGACUGAUGGACUUACCAGCGACGGAGGUGCGGGUGCCGCCGGUCUCGCGAACGCGACGACGAUGCAGAGCAACAGCGCGGACGGCAAUAUGGACCUGGCGACGGUGACGUCGAGCAACCCCGUCCUGGCGACGCCGGGGUUGAACAAUCCUACCUGGAAUCGUCAGCAGGCGGUCAGCGUCAGGCAUGCCUUCAAGAUCUACGGCAGCAGCAAGAAUCCGAACCAUGUCCUACAGAAUCUCAACAUGACGGUGGCCAAGGGCUCGAUAUACGGGUUACUGGGUGCCAGCGGAUGCGGCAAAACUACCCUGUUAUCUUGCAUCGUCGGCCGGAGGAGAUUAAAUUCAGGCGAGAUCUGGGUACUGGGCGGCAAACCCGGGACGAAGGGCUCCGGGGUGCCUGGGAAAAGGGUCGGAUACAUGCCGCAGGAGACCGCUCUCUACGGCGAGUUCACCAUCCGCGAGACCAUGAUGUACUUCGGCUGGAUAUUCGGAAUGUGCACAGCCGAGAUCGUCGAGAGGCUGCGUUUCUUGCUGCAGUUUCUUGAUCUGCCUUCGCAGAAUCGUUUGGUGAAGAAUCUCAGUGGCGGUCAACAAAGACGAGUAUCUUUCGCAGUGGCUCUCAUGCACGAUCCGGAAUUGCUGAUCCUGGACGAGCCGACCGUAGGUGUGGACCCAUUGUUAAGACAAAGCAUAUGGAAUCACCUGGUUCAAAUUACUAAAGAUGGUAACAAGACGGUCAUCAUAACGACUCACUACAUCGAAGAAGCCCGACAAGCGCACACGAUCGGUUUGAUGAGGAGUGGCCGAUUGUUGGCCGAGGAGGCACCCAGAACUCUCUUGCAAAUGUACAACUGCUCCUCUCUCGAAGAGGUCUUUCUGAAACUUUCCAGAAAGCAAGGACAAUAUGCUCAACCGCCGACAGAACUGAAUAUCUCGAACAACAUCAGCUUGGCUUCUUUAAACUGGGGGAAAAAAGACGAGCCGGUAUACGUGACAGAGGAGUCCGGCGUUGUCGGCCUCAACUUCCACCAAAGCAAAGAGGUCCUGAUCUACGACUCUACCAAUGGAAUAGCAAAUCAUUAUGAUAUAAACGGCAAACCGCUGCCGAGUGCGAAAGCCAGUUCUGUCCUCGAGUGCGACGACUGCGGCGACUUCACGGAUUGUUAUAAGGUCACCAGUUGGGGCAAGAUUAAAGCGCUUCUGCAGAAGAAUUUCUUACGCAUGUGGCGGAACAUCGGCGUGAUGCUGUUCAUCUUCGCCCUGCCGGUGAUGCAAGUGAUCCUCUUCUGCCUGGCGAUCGGGAGAGAUCCCACGGGACUGAAACUGGCCAUAGUGAACCACGAGAUGUUUUACGAGAACAUGUCGUGCCCGGUUUCGACGAACUGCAGUUUCACGUUUCUCAGUUGUCGAUAUCUCCACUUCCUGGAUAACGAGACGAUGAUAAAGGAAUACUAUCCGGAUCCGGACUCGGCGAUGGAAGCGGUACGCAGAGGAGAAGCUUGGGGCACUUUGUACUUUACGGAAAACUUCACGGACGCCCUCGUGGCGAGGAUGGCCUUGGGAAGGGAUUCCGAUGACGAGACCCUUGAUCAGAGCGAAAUCAGAGUUUGGCUGGAUAUGUCUAAUCAACAAGUGGGCCUGAUGCUGGCGAGAAAUCUUCAAUAUUCGUAUAGAGAUUUUGCCAAGGACCUUUUAUCGGCCUGCGGGCAGAACGCAAAACUGGCUGACGUGCCAAUUCAAUUCAAGGACCCCAUUUACGGUACCAACGAGCCGAGCUUUACGGACUUCGUGGCCCCGGGUGUAAUAUUGACCAUCGUUUUCUUCCUGGCGGUCGCGCUAACGUCAUCGGCGCUGAUUAUCGAGAGGAUGGAGGGUCUGCUGGAUCGAAGCUGGGUGGCUGGUGUGUCGCCCGGCGAGAUCCUGUUUUCCCACGUGGUCACGCAAUUCGUGGUGAUGUGCGGUCAGACGGCUCUAGUACUGAUCUUCAUGAUCCUGGUGUUCGGCGUCGAAUGCAAGGGCGACAUCGGCUGGGUUAUCAUACUGACGAUCCUUCAAGGCCUCUGCGGCAUGUGCUUCGGGUUCGUGAUUUCGGCGAUUUGCGAACUCGAAAGGAAUGCCAUCCAACUGGCUCUAGGCAGCUUCUAUCCUACGCUUCUUCUCAGUGGUGUAAUAUGGCCGGUGGAGGGCAUGCCGACGGUCCUGCGAUACAUCUCGCAAGGUCUGCCACUGACGAUGGCGACGACCGCCCUGCGGUCCAUGCUGACCCGCGGCUGGAGCAUCACGGAGCCGAAUGUUUACAACGGUUACAUCUCUACCAUCAUCUGGAUCAUCGUGUUCCUCACGAUAAGCUUGCUGGUGCUGAAGUUCAAGCGCGGAUAAGGAUAGCUCGUAACUUCCGCCCACCGUCCAGACUGUAUUCGGUGUACAGUGACUCGCGAACAUUCCGCGACGGAUAGACGAAAAAGAAAGAAAGAAAGAGAAAGAGAGAGAGAGAAAGAGCUCUGAAUCAGGGAGCGAAUGUUCCCCGUAGAGGAACGAAUUGAAUCGGGAAUCGAUGGCGAAUGGUGUGUUCGAUGGAUGUCGCGAUUCGGGACUCGCGUCUCUCCACCCGAGAGCGAAGUGAUCCAUCGAGGACACUACUCUUCUUUCUUUACCUGUUUCAUAGCUGUAUUAUAGCUGGGGUCAAAUUUAACGGAGCAUUAGUUAGAAAUCGUACAGAAUUAGCGGAGAAUGUAGAUGCAAUUGGAUGUCGGUGGCCGAGAAGAAAUUCCGCAAUCCAAGAAGGGUCCUUCUAUCUAGGAACGUUGCGUAACAUAUCCUCUAUUCAAGAAAUCGACUGCCAUCGCUCAAUCGCCCGGCGGCAGUAUAAAGCAUUCCUGGAUCUCGAUAGAUCGGCUUCGGAUUCCAAAUGUCGACGAUCUCGCAACAUUCUCCGCCGCGAAUGGACCUCCGAUACAUGUGAUGCUCCUGCUGCGUGCGCUCAAUGUGCUUCUAAGGCUCACGUGUCGCGCGUGCAAGGCGCGUAUGUAUGUCUGUGUUAUGCGUAUAUGUGAUGUGUAUGUGUUGGUGUGCGUAAUGGGAACUCUCGAAUAAAUGUAAUACGAUGAUGAUAAGAUGCGUGAGACUGCCGCGUUUGCCUCGUGCGUCUUGUUUAUAGGAAUCAUAUUUUUAUCCGGCGUCUGUAAAAAAAAAUUUGCGCGGAUGCCCGAGGAUACCGCCAGGAUUCUCCCUAUACGAACCGAUCUUCUCGAGGAUCGCGAUCGAGGGAAACAGAAUCGGCGCUUUCCAUUUACACGACUUAUAUAGCGACAUUUCUGUCGAAGUUAACUUCAAUGCGGAAAGCGUUUAUCAUGCGCAGAGAUUGCAAACAAUAUAACAUACGUCCCGAAUGAUUUUGAAAACGCAUAAUAUUAAUUUAUCUUCGCAAUAAUAAUAUAAUUUUCUAAUAUAAACAAAGGUGAGAGUUGGUUUAUUUUUACAUAUAAACUAAAGUAUUUUAUAAAAUCGUGCCGCAGAGAAAAGAAAACUCGCAGACUAAAGUGCUUCACCACGCGACACCUCGAACGAAUAAACUCUGCUCCUGCUUGUGCUUAAUUCGUUUUUCUUUUUUUUCACGAAGGAUCGUGAUUAAGUAAUUCGGCGAAAAUAGAAAUAGUGAAAAUGCGUUUGACAGUACUGUGCGUGUCGCGCGAAAUAUAUUAGGAACAAUGGACGCGUUCAACAGAACAAGCCGCAAUCGAAGAGCAGUCGAAUGUGAUUGACUCUUACUUUUAGAAUCAACAAAUCAACGUGGCGUGUUGAUAAGACGACAACUCAGCAGUUCUGUUGAACGCGGCCAAUAAUUCCCCCUCAUCGUGUCUAUUCACGCCCGGAAUAUCGCGAAUAGAAAUUUAUGCGCUCGUAAUUAUUAAGAAUUCCGUCGCGUGCAUCGUGGACAAUAAUAAGCGAUGCCUAUACCCUCGCUGGACCGCAUGUAAUCCUCAUUGGCGAUCAUAAACCAGGUGCGAUACCUUUACGAAGCCAUUUGUUGGAGAUCUGGCACGGUGAAGGGAACCUGGUAAAACAUCAUCCCGGGAUUAAAAUGGGAUCGUAGUUAGUAAGUUUUACGUAAAUUAAUAUGUAAUAGCUGGUUAAACGUAUAGCGCGAUUCUACUUGCCCAUGACUUUAAGUAUGUACGUAUUUUAUUUAACUCGCAACGAUAUCGGACGUAGAAAGAAUUAAAAAAAAAAAACCGACAGUACCGCGCGUUCAAAAAAUUAUAAUACUUCUUAUAUCAUUAUUAUUUUGCAUGCGUUUUCGACGUGUAUAUUUAUAGGUAUACAUGAGAUGAACAAGUAAGAAUUACGACGCAGUGUCGAAAAUUCUUAUCGUUCGUUAGUUCAUAAUGACCUGAUAACAGCUCGUGAACUACGAUAACAUUUAUAUCAACAAAUGUUAUCUGCCAUACGUGGCAAUCAUUUCAGUGACGUAUAAAAUAUAAAUUAUAUAAAUAAUAAUUUAAUCACCAAAAAAUAACAAGCAACGCAGAUUUAUGUACGUGUAUGCUGCGAUUUUUGAUCAUAAUAUAUAUUUGAUAUUUUAUGUAUGAAUAAAUUAUAGUACUGUGAUCGUCCAUAAAGUGCAAUUUAUGCGGAUCAUUGCAUCGUGCUGUCAACAAAGGAAACUGCAUGCCAUCGGGCAUUUGUUAAUUAGCGAAAAAAUUGUCAACGAAAAUGGGCGACGCCAAGAGAAAACUCGACAACAUGCAAAAAUGUAUUGUAUUUUACUUAUAUAUAAAAAAGACAUGAAACUCA